AUGUACUAUCAUUUCGCGACCCUCCUCCUCUUCGGCCCCUUCAUCAAGCUCCGCUUUCUAGGCUCCACUGUCUUCCCAUACGAGAUAUGUGUCCAAGCAGCUAAUGCAAUCAAAUCUCUCCUGGGCUCCUAUCGCCGACUCUACAGCCUACGGCGAACGCCUCGCUUCGUCCCCAUUAUCGCCCUGGCGUCCAACGCGAUGCACGUUGUACGAGCGGAGACUCUAGCACUGAGCACCGCCCCCCUGGUCCCCCAAGGUGUUGCUGACCUGCAAGAAAUGGCCUUCUCUCACGGAUCUGCAGCUCGUGGAGCGAAGACCCUUCAGGCCAUGGGCAAAGGCCACGCCUUCCCAGUCUCUCUUUCGGACGACGAAGCCUCUGCGGACGAUUCAGAGGACCCGAUAGGCACUUUGGGACGUCGAUAA